AUGGGAGAAGUAAAAUCGGACUUUCAUGCUGGACAUAUUCUGUUGAAGAAUAUGCGACUUAAUUCAGACAUAGUGGCACAGAUAGAUGGAGUAACAGGAGAGAAGGAAACUUUUGGAUCUGUGCUAAGCCGAUCCAUUAAAUUGGCAAGAUGUUUGAGAAAGAGUGGGUUCAAGCCGGGAGAUGUACUCGCGAUCAGUGGGGUCAAUCAUUUUGACAUACGCAUACCAUUCUUUAGUGCAUUAUUCAAUGGUUUACCCCUGGUGUGUAUUGAUCCUUAUUAUAAGCAUGACGAAAUAAAAUCAGUUUUGAAAUUAUCAUCACCGAAAGUGGUCUUUUGCGAUGAGGACUUUUACAAGACAUACUACACAGUUAUUAAGGAGUUAGGGUUAGACACAAAAAUCAUCACAUUUGGAGAAGAAGAACAUUCUAUGAAACAGUUCAUUGAAAUGUAUGAAGAUGAUGAACCAGAUGACAGUUUCAGGGUACUAGAAUUCGAUAUUAAUAAAAUAUACAGCUUUCUUAUAAGUACAAGUGGUACCACUGGGAACGUUAAAUUGGCCGCUUUCACACAUAAGUUAAUAGUCUCGAAAAUGGAGGAACUUAUGACGACUGGAAGACCCAAAGGAACAAAAGUUCUUAGUAUAUCACCCAUAAACUGGGUUUCCACUUAUUUUAUGACCAUAGCUGCUCCAAUGAUUGGUCAUACACUUGUACUAUCCUCAGUGCCUGACAAUCUUGAUGUUAUCAUUAAUAUAAUCAACAAAUAUAAGGGAAAGGUAAAGGCAGGCUGGAUGCCUUUAUAG